GCGACGCAAAGGCAAAGAGGUCAAGAGGAGGGGAGGAGAAAACCACGUGUGAUCACCACCAUGUACAGCGCUGUCCUUCCUUCGUAGACUUGUUUUUGUAAGCUUGUACCCUUCGCAUGUAGCCAGCUAGCCUGCGUUAGCCGGAGAAGCAGAUCGGGGAUUUUUUGUAUUUCUUUUACAGACUCACAUAUUCAAGCAAAGCUGCACGGGGGGAUUUGUGUCGCCACACUGACUGCCGACCAUGGUGAGCAAGACAGAUGACAUCCCGGCGUCAGUGCCUAACUGUAAUCCGGUUGAUCUUGCGGAUGAAGCCGGGGAUGGAGCCCAGGAAACCAGCAAGACACGUCUGAAGGAUUCCUGUGGUUGUGGGCACAGUGCAGAUACAGCCAUGGUGAACGGGGACGGGGCUCACGAGCACACGGAGGAGGCGGAAACGAAGCAGGAUGGGACCGCUGAGGCAGACGGAGGAGAGGAGUCUAACGAACAGGAAGUGAUAGUGAUCCAGGACACAGGCUUCACUGUGAAGAUCCAGGCACCUGGUACAGAGCCGUUUGACCUGCAGGUGUCUCCACAGGAAAUGGUCCAGGAGAUCCACCAGGUGUUGAUGGACCGCGAGGACACCUGCCACCGCACCUGCUUCUCCCUGCAGCUGGACGGAAACGUGCUGGACAACUUUGCUGAGCUCAAGUCCAUCGAGGGCCUGCAGGAAGGCUCGCUGCUCAAAGUGGUGGAAGAGCCUUAUACUGUGCGCGAAGCUCGCAUCCACGUGCGUCACAUCAGAGACCUGCUGAAAAGCCUGGACCCCUCAGAUGCCUACAACGGAGUGGACUGCAACUCCCUCUCCUUCCUCAGCAUCUUCACUGAUGGAGACCUCGGAGAUAGCGGUAAGCGAAAGAAAAAGGGCAACGAGCUGGAGCAGAUCGACUGCACUCCCCCAGAGCACAUCCUGCCUGGCAGCAAAGAGCGCCCCCUGGUGCCCCUCCAGCCACAGAACAAGGACUGGAAGCCUAUGCAGUGCCUGAAGGUCUUGACCAUGAGCGGCUGGAACCCUCCACCUGGAAACAGGAAGAUGCACGGUGACCUCAUGUACCUGUACAUCGUGACUGUGGAGGAGCGCCAUGUCAGCGUUACUGCCUCCACACGUGGCUUCUACCUCAACCAAUCUACUACCUACACCUUCAAUCCCAAACCAGCCAAUCCCAGCUUCCUGAGCCAUUCUCUGGUGGAGCUGCUGAGCCAGAUCAGCCCUGCCUUCAAGAAGAAUUUCACUGCCCUGCAAAAGAAAAGGGUCCAGAGACACCCCUUUGAGAGGAUAGCCACGCCUUUCCAGGUGUACAGCUGGACAGCUCCGCAGGUAGACCACGCUAUGGACUGUGUCCGAGCUGAGGACGCCUACACUUCUCGCCUGGGUUAUGAGGAGCACAUACCUGGACAGACCAGAGAUUGGAACGAGGAGCUGCAGACCACCAGAGAGCUGCCCCGGAAGAACCUGCCUGAGCGUCUGCUGAGGGAGCGAGCCAUAUUCAAGGUCCACAGUGACUUUGCAGCAGCUGCCACUCGAGGAGCCAUGGCGGUAAUUGAUGGCAACGUGAUGGCCAUUAACCCCGGCGAAGAGACGCGCAUGCAGAUGUUCAUCUGGAACAAUAUCUUCUUCAGCCUUGGCUUCGAUGUGCGGGACCACUAUCGCGAGCUGGGUGGAGAUGCCGCCGCCCAUGCCGCGCCCACCAACGACUUGAAUGGAGUACGAGCGUACGGGGCGGUGGAUGUGGAGGGUCUCUACACCCUGGGAACAGUGGUGGUGGACUACAGAGGCUACCGCGUUACAGCGCAGUCCAUCAUCCCAGGUAUCCUGGAGCGUGAGCAGGAGCAGAGCGUCAUCUAUGGCUCCAUUGACUUUGGAAAGACCGUUGUGUCUCACAGCAAAUAUCUGGAGCUGCUGGAAAAGACCAGCAGGCCACUUAAGGUCCAGAGACACAACGUGCUGAACGAGAAGAACGACUCAGUGGAGCUGUGCUCCUCUGUCGAGUGUAAAGGCAUCAUCGGAAACGAUGGCCGACACUACAUUCUGGACCUUCUGCGUACUUUCCCCCCUGACCUCAAUUUCCUGCCUGUGGACGGAGAAGAGCUGCCCCUGGAGAGUCAGCGCCAAGGCUUCCCCCGCCAGCACCGCCACCGCCUGGCUUGUCUUCGCCAAGAGCUCAUCGAGGCCUUUGUCGAGCACAGAUAUCUUCUCUUCAUGAAGAUGGCAGCGUUACAGCUCAUGCAGCAGAAAGCAAACAAGGACACUAAGACUGAUACACCCGCCAUCACAGAAACCUCAGAAACAUCCAUAGAAAACAAUGAAGAUACGAGCCAGACGCAAACCACUGCAUCAGAUUCUCCUGAUGCUACAGAGGUCUCCACAGACAGCACGAACCAGACAGACAACUGCACCCCUGCUGCCUCACAGGCAGCCACUGACAGUGAAGAAAACUCCUCGAAGCCCGCCACAAACGGGCCUCUAGAGCCUGCAACCACUCAGAAUGGGGAGUGCAAGAGCCCACUGGAGGGUAAGGAGCUUGAGGAAAGUAUUCCAGGAUUAGCUCAGGCCAAAGAGCUGGCGGAGACCUUAGUUGCCGAAGAUGGAUCUGGUAUUGAUCCCAAAAGCCGCGAGGUCGUCCUGAAUGCCUGCAAGGCAGUAGGCUCCAUCAGCAACACAUCUUUUGACAUUCGCUUCAACCCUGACAUCUUCUCCCCAGGAGUACGUUUCCCAGACGACAGCGCAGAUGACGUCCAGAAGCAGAAGCAGCUACUUAAAGAUGCAGCUGCCUUCCUGGUGUCCUGUCAGAUCCCAUCACUGGUAAAAGACUGUUUGGACCACAGUGCUCUGCCCAUGGAUGGAGCCACGCUGACAGAGGCCUUGCACCAGAGAGGCAUCAAUGUUCGUUAUUUGGGGACUGUUCUGGAGUUUGUGGACAAGACCCCUGCUAAAGCUCAGCUGGAGCAUUUCUAUAGAAUAGGAAUCAGUGAGCUGAUCACCAGAUGUGCAAAACAUAUCUUCAAGACAUACCUGCAGGGUGUGGAGUUGUCUGCCCUCUCUGCUGCUGUAAGUCACUUCCUGAACUGCUUCCUGAGCUCCUUCCCAGACGCCGUGGCCCACCUGCCUCCCGACGAGCUGGUGUCGCGCCGCAAAAGCCGUAAACGUCGCAACCGGGUACCCGGCAGCGGAGACAACACGGCGUGGGCCAGCCUGACACCCAGCGAGCUGUGGAAGAACAUUGCCUCUGAGGCCCAGAGCUACUAUCACUUCACCAUACAGUGUGAAAGUGUUGACCAGGUGGUGGAGAAAUACAAUCUCCAGAAGACCACUCUGCUCAGAGAAAUUUCAGUCAAAACUGGCAUCCAGAUACUGAUAAAGGAGUACAACUUUGACAGCCGCCACAAGCCUGCCUUCACAGAGGAGGACAUCCUGAAUAUUUUCCCUGUUGUGAAGCACGUAAACCCCAAAGCCUCAGAUGCCUUCCACUUCUUCCAGAGUGGACAGGCCAAAGUGCAGCAAGGUUUUCUGAAGGAGGGCUGUGAGCUGAUUAACGAGGCUCUCAACCUGUUCAACAAUGUGUACGGACCCAUGCACGUAGAGAUCUGUGCCUGCCUGCGCCUGCUGGCUCGUCUUAAUUACAUCAUGGGAGACCACCCUGAGGCUCUAAGUAACCAGCAAAAAGCUGUUCUGAUGAGUGAAAGAGUCCUCGGCAUCGAGCACCCCAACACAAUUCAAGAAUAUAUGCACUUGGCUCUGUACUGCUUCGCCAACGGCCAGCUGUCGACCGCCCUGAAGCUGCUUUAUCGCGCCCGUUACCUCAUGUUGUUGGUUUGCGGGGAGGACCACCCAGAGAUGGCUCUGCUAGACAGUAACAUUGGCCUGGUGCUGCACGGAGUGAUGGAGUACGAUCUGUCUCUGAGAUUCCUGGAGAAUGCCUUGACCAUCAACACAAAGUACCAUGGACCCCGGUCCCUCAAGGUGGCCCUCAGCCAUCAUUUGGUUGCAAGGGUUUACGAGAGCAAGGCCGAGUUCCGCUCUGCACUACAGCACGAGAAGGAGGGCUACACUAUUUACAAGAACCAGAUGGGUGAGGCACAUGAGAAAACCAAGGAGAGCUCAGAGUACCUGAAGUAUCUCACCCAGCAGGCCGUGGCUCUGCAGAGAACCAUGAAUGAGAUCUACAAGAAUGGCUCCAAUGCCAGCAUCAUGCCACUCAAGUUCACUGCCCCUAGCAUGGCCAGCGUCCUGGAGCAGCUUAACAUCAUCAAUGGCAUCAUCUUUAUACCUCUCAGCCAAAAGGAUCUGGAGAACCUGAAGGCAGAGGUUCAGAGGCGGCAGCAGCUGCAGGAACUGGGAAAGAACGAGGAGCCCACUGAGGACAGCCCACUGGAACUAGAGGACAAAAUUCCCAUCGAUUAAUGUCCACAAGCCCUCAAUACACAGCUACUUUCUGCUAUGGGGUGGGCGGGGGGGAGAGGCCGUGACGAAACAGCCACGUCACCGGGCCUGUGGACCCGUGAACCAAGCAGUCAUUGAAAUAUAAAAAAAUGUGGGGUGCGGGGAGGGGGAAGGUCAGGGGCAGUUCAGAGGAAAAAAGAACUGUAUGAACUGUAGGACAAAGGAAUACAGAGCAGGAAUUUCCUACAAGGUAGGAAGGUAGGGAGGAGAAAGUACAAACAACGUAGAAUCAAUGUUAACGUGCAAUCUGAAAAAUCCCCAGCCCAAGAACCUGGUGGUGAUGAAGUCACUCAAGGUGUUAGCUGCUUAGACACAUGAUUAUAGAUAGAGAGUGGUAGCAGCCGGGGGAGGGAGACCAAGGAUGACCAUGACAUUGUAAACCAGAGCCUUAUCCACUACCAUAAUCCCCCCAAGUAAUGCUUCUCAACUUCCCACAGCACUGUUAGCCCAGGACCACAAUUUACGACCACCCCCCUCCGCCAUUUCCCAAAGAGCCUCGAAGACUCCCGGUCGUGUAGCCACACCCCCCCUCCCCCGGAGACGGUGCUCUAAGUGACGAAGCACCUACCCUGUCCUAGAACUCAGGGGUACUUUCUACUGUGCACUAAGACCCGAAUACAGUCCGUAAAUUUGAGAUUUUUUCAAAGUGGGGCUUCAGAAUGUAAAUUCCUUCAUUCUCGCACGUCCCGAUGGUUGAUUAAUUUAAUCGUUCUAUUAUUUGUACUUACGACAUCCCAGGUGGGUGCCUGCUGUGUCCCACGGUUCCUGGUUCUCCAAGCAAACAAACAAUACAGUGACACAUUAGUGAGAUUUCAACAUGAUUUCAUUUGCUGGACUUUUUUUUCCUUUGUCUUUCUUUCUUUCUGUCUUUAUUUUUUUUGUUAGUAAAUAAAAUGAAUUUUUGUAAAAGUGCACAGGAGAAUUGAGAAGGUAUUUUAGGCUUGUUGAUCAUCAGUUAAUUUAAGCCAUGUCUGUUUUAUAGAAAAUGUAUAGAGGUGGAAAAAAGAUGUAUAAAUCUAUCAGAUUUAGACAGGUACUCGAUUGAUGUUAAUGGAAAAAUGCAGAUUUGAACAACGUCCACUUUACGCAGUAGAUUUACCGAUCUAUAUACUAGCUGUUCUAUUUUUACACAUUGAAAGAAAAUAUGUGCAUGUAUGUUUGUGUGUGUGACGGUGUGUGUGUCUUUGUGUAGUCCAACAGAAAAUCUAUCGGCCAGGGCUGUUGCUGCUUUUGCUGCUGCAUAGUUUGAAUAGAGGCUAAGCAAACAUUGGCUUUCCAGAUGUUUUAUUUUUCUACACGUAGUAAACCUGUUGGAUGGCUGAUGCCUCUUUUCCUAAAGCAUUCAUGGCCACCAAUGUUGUAAAUCUGUUUAUGUAAGAAUUGGUACUCAAAUGAACCUCUUCUCACCACUGGACAGGUACUCAACAUUGGCAGUAGUGAGCGAUUUAUUGUUGCUGGGUGUUUUUUUUUUUUCUUCUUCUUUUUUUCCAUUAUUUGGUCAUGUCAUCUUUUCAUGUGUAACUGAGACAAAACCAGCCAGGAGUGUCUGUUCAUUGAGCAGUAUUUAGUGCACUUUUUUGUGCUGUUUGGAUGUGUGAGCAUUUUCACAGCACCACCAAAAGUGGACAAAAGAAUGGCUGCCUCAAUGUGAUGUACCAAAAAGACUGAUAAAGGUUUGUUUGCGCUUGUAUACAUGCAAUGUAUCCCUCCCAUGGCAAUUUGUUACUUAAUUGUUGCCGUGUCUAAAUGUUAUGUGAUUAAAGCAAUAGAGAGAUGGUGCUGGAACUGAUUGUUUUCAGAAAAUGCAGUUUUUACUUGGCACAAGAUGUGCAACACGGACUACUUACUGUACUGGCUGAAUUACCUGCAAAGGGAGCCAUGUUAAAAAAACAAACAAAAAAAAAAACAGAACAAAAGGCAAGCUCUUGAGACUGGGUGAUGAAGUUAUUACAGUGAUUUUUUUUUUUUUUUUCCUGAUUGUGCUCCUAAAAAUUAUGUCAUAACAUCAGUAGCAGAGCGUGGUGUGUAUUGUGCCUCUUAUUUAUGCUUCUGAAUGGAUCCAGGAUGAUAAUAGGUAAAAAAAAUUACAGUUUAUAAACCUGAAGUAUGUCUUGAUUUUGUUUUUCUGGAUUUCUUGUAUUGUUUUUUUUUUUUUCAUUUUCUUUAUUUACUUUUCCCCCACUCUUUAAGUCUCACUCAACAGUAAUACCAACAGCGUCCAUAAGGUGGCACACUAACAUUUGUCUCAUUGUGAAGGACAUACAUUGACCUAAAUGACAGGAGAUACUGUACUGCAAAUGCACACAUGCUUCAGUUGACAUAGACAAAUUAAAAAGAGGGCAAUUUAAAUUAAUUUCAUCUGUUUUUUUAAUUUCCAGAAUAAUAAUCCGAUGGCUAAAAACAAUAAAGACUGCAACCUGUUGAA